AUGGAUGAUUACAGGGAAUCAGAAGCUCUUAUUCCCAACUGGAUAACUAAAAACCCAUCUGAAAUGACCGAAUCAUAUCUUUUCAUUGUAUCCUGCUUUCUUGCCGGUUUGGUAGGGAUCUUAACUAUUUUCUACACGGCUUUCCAAUGGAGAAGAAACAUUAGUCUUAGCUGGAUGACAGCCGUAGCUCGGUCAAAGAAAAACCCAAAGGCAAAGAACAAAGCUGCAGUAGCUCCCCACACUUGGGUUCUUGAAUCAGUCACUCGGGGCAAAAGCUUAAACUGCUGUGUUUGCUUUAGGCCCAUCUCACAUUCCCAGACUCUCAGCCCAAUAGUAGCUUCAGAUAGUUUCGUACACCAUUGCAGCAUAUGUGGUGCGGCUGCUCACAUGAACUGCUCCGCUAAUGCCCACAAAGACUGCAAGUGCAUUUCAAUGUUCGGCUACAAACAUGUGGUUCAUCAAUGGGCAGUGAGGUGGACAGAGGUAACUGACCAGCUCGACGAGUCCUCGUUCUGUAGCUACUGUGAGGAGCCGUGCAGUGGAUUUUUCCUCGGGGGAUCUCCAAUAUGGUGCUGCCUGUGGUGCCAGCGUUUGGUACAUGUCGAUUGCCACGGGAGCAUGUCGAGUGAGACUGGUGAUAUUUGUGACCUUGGCCCGUACAAAAGGAUUGUCCUUUCUCCAUUGUACGUUAAGCAGCUGAAUUAUUCUGGAGGAAUUUUGAGUUCCAUCACUCAAGGAGCUAAUGAGAUUGCUUCGUCUGUACGUGCGAGUAUUAGAAGUCAGAGCAAGAAGUACAAGCAUGGGAAUGAGGGUUUUGGUGAGAACGGUAAUUAUAGUAGUAACAUGAGUGAAGCUUCCGGGGAUGCAAGUGAGAUGGUCAACAGUCCUCGUAGAACCGAAGAUAGUUAUAACGGCGGGACAAAUUUGGAGAAUUCAGAUCAUCAGCAUGAGGAAAUAAAAAAAAUGGAAAAGGAAGGGAGUUUUAAGAGAAGCUCAUCGGUUAAUCAUAAGGACGGCUCUUAUGGAAUGAGGCAGAAGUAUGAAUUGGUUGAUCUGCCUCCAGAUGCGAGGCCGCUCCUGGUGUUUAUCAACAAGAAGAGUGGGGCGCAGAGAGGAGAUUCGCUCAAGCUCAGAUUGAACAUUCUUCUGAAUCCAUUACAGGUUUUUGAGUUAAGCUCAACGCAAGGACCAGAAGCUGGACUUAACUUAUUUAGAAAAGUGCCCCAUUUCCGUAUACUUGUUUGCGGAGGAGAUGGUACUGUUGGCUGGGUAUUGAAUGCCAUAGACAAGCAAAAUUUUAUCUCUCCUCCACCAGUGGCCAUCCUUCCUGCAGGAACCGGAAAUGAUUUAGCCCGAGUUCUUUCUUGGGGGGGUGGUUUGCGCUCGGUUGAGAGGCAAGGAGGUCUAUGCACACUUUUAGAUCAUAUCGAGCAUGCUGCAGUUACAAUUCUUGAUCGAUGGAAGGUAUCGAUCUUAAACCAGCAAGGGAAACAUCUUCGGUCUUCAAUAUUUAUGAACAACUAUCUUGGGGUCGGAUGUGAUGCAAAGGUUGCUCUGGAAAUCCAUAAUAUGAGAGAAGAAAACCCAGAAAAGUUCUACAAUCAGUUCAUGAAUAAAGUUCUGUAUGCAAGAGAAGGCGCUAAGAGUAUCAUGGAUAGGACAUUUGCUGACUUCCCUUGGCAAGUUCGGGUUGAUGUUGACGGUGUUGAGGUUGAGGUCCCCGAGGAUGCAGAAGGUGUUCUUGUAGCUAAUAUCGGGAGUUAUAUGGGUGGUGUUGACUUGUGGAAGAAUGAAGAUGAGAGCUAUGAAAAUUUCGAUCCUCAAUCAAUGCACGACAAAGUUCUUGAAGUGGUCAGCAUUUCAGGCACAUGGCAUCUGGGAAAGCUGCAGGUUGGACUAUCCCGGGCACGUAGGCUUGCACAAGGGCAGUCGAUUAAGAUUCAGCUUUUAGCUGGUUUUCCUGUUCAAGUUGAUGGAGAACCUUGGUUUCAACAGCCUUGUACAUUAACCAUUUCACAUCAUGGGCAGGCCUUUAUGUUGAAGAGAGCUGCAGAGGAACCUCUUGGUCAUGCAGCUGCGAUUAUUGCAGAUGUACUUGAAAAUGCUGAGACCACGAAUGUUAUUAACGCGUCUCAGAAAAGAGCAUUGCUUCAGGAGAUGGCUUUGAGACUGUCUUAA